UCAGACUACAGACCCGACUCGCAGAAGGACGCGGCAUGUUAAGUGGGCAGGUAACGGUUAACUCCUCCACAAGUGGGAAAAAUAUGUCGAACUAAAAAGAGUUGGGGAAACCAAGCUGGAUUUUCUGAGCGCUUUCAAAUUGCAUUAACGGGUUUAUUUGUUGGCCGCAGGAGGAGAAAUUAAAAGUAUGUAGGAGCUGUGCGUAAAAGUCCACAAGAUUCCUCUGAGGGGUUGAUCGUCGGAGGGAAGACUGUGCCAAAGUGCGACUUGAGGGGCAGCUUAUUCAUGCAAAUUCAUAAAAUCAUAGGCGUGCCUUUGGGCGAUGGAGUCAUAGCCGGAAAAGCAAACCCCCUUCUGGAUCAUCAGCGACCUUCAAAGACUGUGAUGCGCAGCGCUCGGACGCACUGACAGCAGCACCGGGGCAAAUGUUUUAAAAGGGCAGAGAAAGAGAAGAGAAAGUUAGGGCUCGUUUUCUACACGACUUUUCUGUUGACUGGCUGCACUUCUUCCUCAACACAACCACCAGCUCGACUGCUGCGCCACUGGAUCUCCAACCGAAAGGGUUAUUGUGCAAACCGUAACGCACCGCCGCAGCUAUCACUAUUUGCCUUUGGUUUUUAAUAUUUUUUUUAAUUUAAUUUUUAUAUGUCAAUUCGGACGACUUCAAAUACAGAAACCUGAUGCGGAUGAAGUUAUAGUCGCCCUACUAUAUCGAAAUUGUGCGUAAAGACGCGACCACUGAUUUAUUCCUAUUUUGAAAAAAAUAAAUAAAUAAAUUUUCAUUGUAUUUAAAUCGUCGAGGACUUUUCACCCUUCACCAUGUCAGAGGACGACAGUAGCUCCACCACCAGCCACAUGUCUGACACGGAAGGCAGCAACGUUAGCGUCCUCAACUGGGAGCAAGUGCAGCGGCUGGACGCCAUCCUGACGGAGACCAUCCCGAUCCACGGCCGGGGAAACUUCCCCACUCUGGAGAUGCAGCCGCGGGAGAUCGUUAAAGUGGUGCGGAGUCGGAUGGAGGAGAAGCAGAUCCACGUCCGGGACGUUCGGUUAAACGGCUCUGCAGCCAGUCACAUUCUGCACGAGGAUAGCGGACUGGGCUUUAAGGACCUUGACCUCAUAUUUUGCGCAGAUAUGAAAGGUGAAAGUGAUUUCCAGACUGUGAAGGACAUAGUUUUGGACUGUCUCCUGGAUUUUUUACCCGACUGUGUGAAUAAAGAGAAAAUAACCCCGUUAACGUUAAAGGAAGCCUAUGUGCAGAAGAUGGUGAAGGUGUGUAAUGACUCAGACCGCUGGAGCCUCAUCUCCCUCUCCAACAACCGGGGGAAGAAUGUGGAGCUGAAGUUUGUGGAUUCUCUUCGGCGGCAGUUCGAGUUCAGCGUGGACUCCUUUCAGAUCAAACUGGACUCCCUGCUGCUGUUCUACGAGUGCUCAGAGAACCCAAUGGCCGAGACCUUCCACCCCACCAUCAUGGGCGAGAGUGUGUACGGGGACUUCAGCGAGGCCCUGGACCACCUUCGUCACAAGAUCAUCUGCACCCGGAACCCGGAGGAGAUCCGAGGCGGGGGUCUGCUGAAGUACUGUCACCUGCUGGUGAGGGGUUUCCGGGCCGCUUCCGAGUCAGAGAUGAAGUCCCUGCAGCGCUACAUGUGCUCACGCUUCUUUAUUGACUUCCCUGACAUCGGUGAGCAGCAGCGCAAGCUGGAGUCCUACCUUCAAAACCACUUUGUGGGCCUGGAGGACCGCAAGUAUGACUACCUGAUGACCCUCCACGGAGUGGUCAACGAGAGCACGGUGUGCCUGAUGGGACACGAGAGGCGGCAGACCUUAGGGCUCAUAGCCAUGCUGGCGGUGCGUGUUCUGGCCGAGCAGAACAUCAUCCCCAACGUGGCUAAUGUUACUUGUUACUACCAACCUGCUCCUUAUGUGACAGAUGGCAACUUCAGUAACUACUACAUAGCACAGGUACAGCCGGUGUUUGCUUGCCAGCAGCCUGCAUACUCCACCUGGCUGCCCUGUAACUGAGUCAGCCCUGAGGAAAGGUGGAGGGGGAGAGUCUGAUUUGUUUAAACAGGAGUGAGCGGCAUAGUCGCCGCCUCAAACCUGCCCAGUGUUUGACAGCAGAAGGAGUCUUCUUUUGUUAUGCUUGUGUUUUUGCUCAUACAGUUGAGUAUGAACAGUUGGCUUUCACUUCAAGUACGUAUUUCAGUGUGAAUCCCACAUUUCUUGAAAUGCCAACCUCACCUGAUCCUGCCCAGGCCAACCAGGUUUGGAAAAGACUAAUAUGGGAAGCUUGGAAAUAAAGGCUAAAUGCAAAUGUGUGAUGGCCUCAAACGCAAGCAGCAGAACUGUCAAAACUGCACAAGACUGACUGAAUCUGUCAAGAACUGAUUAGCCAGCGUGUUCCAACAGCAGACCAAAUAGCUGCAUCAGUGCCCUGAAGUUGACAGCUACUCCACACACACACACACACACACACACACACACACACACACACACACACGCUCACUCACUCUAGGUGAAAUCAGAGGUGUGUGCAGGGCUCCAAAACGAGCACCCUAGACGCUGCUUUAUGUCAGCUGAACUGAGGGGAGAUGCUGUUAAACUAGUUUGGAUAACAAACUGGCAUCUCCGCUUUGCAUUGCAUUUGGAUAUAAUUAUGGUUGUUUACAAACCAAAGAUUUUUUUGAUUGUUUCUAACAUUAAAACCCAAUUUUGGUGGGGAAAAAUAAACAAAAUAUGAAGCUAUGUCUAUUUGUAUAUGUGAACAUACUGUAUGUGUGUUUUUAAGUGCCUAUUGCCGCUCAGCGGGCAGAGAAAAGAAUGAGCAGGCCAUAUUAUUUUUGUGAAUUAGCCCCACUCUGGCACGCAAGACAAUAGCACCCCAGAGGCUUGUGAAUGUAUAUGUGAAAUCAUGCACAGUCUGUGUUUGUGCUCCUUUGGAUGAAAAAGAGCACCGUGCGUUACCGUGGAUCUUGCAGUAAAGUAGCAGUCAAACAUGCGAUUCACGGGUUGUAGCAAGAUUGACACAUUUUUCGCGUGGAUAUUUGGAAACUCCAAAUUUUCCUAUUCUCUGAGUGAUAAAUCAAACGUGCUGUGUUGCCAUGUCCCAAAUUAAGUGUUGCAUUUAUGCAAUGAGAAAGGAUGACAAGCAUUUUCAGAUCAUCAGCAACAAAAAAAACUUUCACUCACACACAGUUUCCUGUAUAUUUUGUGCAGUGGUGCUUCUCUUUUUCUCAACUGAGAAAAAAAAAUAGAAAAAUGAGUUCACAAGAAGUAGAUAAGAGUCAGAGAGAGGAAAGAGUGCAUUCAGAGAGAGGGCCCGACAGAGAGCUGAUGUGUGUUCCCCAUGCUUCCACCUACAGUAGAAGGAUAUUUGCAGAGACACCUCACCUCAGAUGAUGAGACAGUAUUUGCUGUAGCACCCUGGCAGGGAAUUCCUCAGCUGCUGCUGAAGAGCUUGAACGUAGCUGUUGUUGCGUCUGCAGAAGCUCUGUUCAAGGUUUAGAAAAUGUUGUGCCAAACAUUUUGGUGGCCCCGCUGGUAGCCCUAAAGUUUAAUGAGGCCAUUUCUUGACGUAGACGAAGAUGCUGUGUUCAUAUAGAAGACAGGGAAAGAGACAGUAAAUGGAGAAAAAGGGAGAGGAAGGAAAAUGUGGUGGUUUAAAAGGCAGAAGGGAGAGUGAGUCGGUCUGGAGAGAUGGGUGCAGCUGGUGAUGGGGUUUAUCUCUCUAGGGCUACCAUGGUUUACUGUACAAACUGUCUCUGUUAAGGUCAGAUUACAACCUAAUGGACAGUGUUGCAGCUUUCCCCUUUUUUCAGGGACACCAAAACAUUCUGUUAUCAGCAUUUGCUCUCUGUUUUAAUCAUCUGAUUGUUGUUCAAAAGAGUGGAAACUGAAGGAAAUUGCAUGCAUUCACACCAUCUUCAGGAGACUUUAAGUUGCAACCUAUGCUUCAUUUGUGAGGUUGCUUUAUUGAUGCUUAUUAAUGGUUUUUAUGCUUCAUUCCACACCAUUUUAAAGAACUGUGUGUAUAUAUAUAUAUAUGAUUACAUGCUUCAGCUUUGCCAAACUCACUUACUCCUUGCAAACUAUACUGCAGCCUUUCCUGAUGGCGGAUAGAAAAAGGAAAUGAUGAUUUUAAGCAUAAAAAGGUAGGUUGGGCUCAGAAGACCAGCAUCAACUCAGUACUGCGCUGAGAAUAGAAAUUCUUUCGCAGAAAAAAAGCAUUUCUUUCUCAUUCUCUGUCUCUAAUUCUAAUAAUCCAUAACUGCUCUGUUCAGUUGUUUCUUCUUCUCAGUGACUGUCCAUGUCGAUGGUAUCCUUUGGAUCGUGCAGGCAAUGUAUUGUCAUUUUAUACUCAGUGAAGUCCUAACAGCUGACUAGCUAGCUAGCUGGCUCCAGUCUGCCUGUCAGUUAGUGAUUGUGCCUAUCAGUUAGAGAUUGUGCGUUACUGCGUUGUCUUGUAUGCAUUGUCUCAAAUAUCUGUUUCUGUUCAUGCAGUCUUUUACAAAUCACACUUUGAAAAAGAAAGAAAAAGAUCCUUGUCUUGUAUGUAUAUUUUUUAUGAUUGUUAUUUUUAUAAAUGUAUCAGACACUGCGGGUGUUGCAGUGCUUUUGAAUCUGUGAUCGGGCUUCAAAGGAUAUGUUCUCAAUAGCUUUUUUUGCUAUAUUAUGUUAUGUGUCCAAUGGGUCAAAAGGUUAAAGAUGUUUUCAUCAAUAAAAUAUCUGAAAACCAGA